AUGUGUUUGCAGCUGCAGCAGCUACGGGAAGCAGAAGCAGAACUCUCGUGGAUUUGCCGCAGCAAGAAGAAGGAGCUGCUGCUGCUGCAGGAAGCAGCUGAGGGUGCAGCACUGGACUGCGGCAGCAGCAGCAGCAGCAGCAGCAAAAGUGGAAAUGAUGUCCCGGAGGAUGCUGCUGCAGCUGCCUUGUGCCAUGUAGAAGAGCUCCUGCUGCUGCUGCAGCAACAGCAGCGGCAGCGCGAGCAGCAGCUGCAGCAAAUCAAGAGUCUUGUGUUUGGUGUCGGGCGUCUUCGCCACGGCCGCCUCGCCUCCAAGUGGUGA